GUUUAUUAGGUUCAUUCCUCCAUGUAGUCGUGUAAAACAUGUUUUCCUUCCUUCUAUCUUUUUUGCCGACCUCCUACCUCCUACCAGGGUGGCUGAUUCUGGACACAAAUCCGCUGGUUGGUUUGCUGCAAGGGCUGGUGGGGGCAUGUGGGAUCUCUGUGCUGUGUUCCCUGUUGAGAGUGCAUCUACAUAUAGAAGAGAGCUGGAAUGCCAAAAAUAAUGAUGACACAUCAGGUAUGGGGUCAGGCAGCACCCCGGUGAGGGCUAAACAUGGAUUUAUUGGAAUGCUCCAAUUUGUCUUUGUGACUGGGAUACUGGCCGUAGUGGGGUCCCGUGUGGCGUCUCUGGUGGUUCUGGAGUUUUGCCUGCGAGCUGUCUCUGGAAUGCUUACAGCUGGGCCGGACAGCAGGAAGUUUCUCCAGCAGUUGUUAGUUCAAAGCCAGUUCUCCCUGGGCUGUGCCAUCAGCUGCAGUUUACACUAUCUCCAUGAGGGGGCAUCCCAGCGCUGGCUAUGUCUUCUCCUGGCAGCAGCCCUCAGCUGGUAUCUGGCAAAGAAGGCAGCAGCCCUUCUGCAUCAUGUCAUUGCUCUGUAUAAGCUCCACAGCUCCCAGCGCUAUUGCGGCAUUUGCAUCGGCCUGCUCACCUCAGGCCGCUACCUGCUGCCCAUGCUUUGCAGGACUAUGAUCAUUGCCUUCCUCGUGGCCGUGCUGGCAGCUGUAUCAGUCAUCAACCAGCAGUUUCUCUCUGCAACCGAGGCCUUGAGGUUUUGGACACCGCUGACCAUCUGCUAUACAUUGUUGGUGGUUCACACACAGGAACAGCAGCACAAUCUGCCGAGCAGCCAAGCUGUCCUCAAUGCAGUAGUUGUGCGUCUCGGGGGUUUGAUGGUCCUGAUGCUGACUGUGGGACGCUGGGCGGAUGUGUUCCACAUCCUAAUUUGUUUCCUCGGUGAGGCCAGCUGUCUCCUCCCAAACAUGGAUCUUCUGGAUGUGGCGUCCUCACAGGAGGAAGAUUUUACAAACUACACAAGGAGACGUCGUGGACAAACAUCACAGUCACAUGAGAAGCAGCGUUAAAGACAGCAUGGACUGUUCUAUGGAUGUGAUAAUGAGCAAGAUCAGAUUACUGGACAGUUUUUAGACUGGCGUUGAUGAAUCUUUUUAUAAAGUUGUUCUCAUAUUAUUUAAUACCUUAGCUCUCUAUACAAUUAGUAAUAAAUCACUACUCUAAACAAACUGCACUAUAUAUUUUUUAUUUUUAAAGACAGGAUUUUGAGGAAUUUAUUCACUUCUAAGUAAAACUGUAGGCUACUUUCAUUUGUGGUUGACUGAACAAAACAACAUUUUCUUGUUAAUUUUUCUCUUAUUUUUUAUGUUUUUUACCUAUGUGCUUCUAUGAAUGCUUCCUAUUGCCUUAACUUAUUGCUAGUAAACCUAUAAAUUCACUUGUAAUUACAACUGUAAGCUACUUUCAUUUGAGGUUGACUGCAAAACAAAAUAAAAACAAAACCCUCAGACCUCUGGGUAAAGAGCUGUAGAUUUAGACAAAAGAGGCUUGCAUUUAUUUUUAGUCUUGUUAAG